CCAUCCUUUUUUUUACUGGUCGGGUGUAAGACGCCAUUUUAUAAUAAACCGAAAGAACGAUAAAUGCAAUGUAUUCCAGCUGUUGUUUGUAACGUGUUUUAGCCCGGAGAAUUUAAACAUAUACAUAGGAAAGGAUACGUAAUGGCGGAAUAUUUGGCAUCUAUAUUUGGUACUGAAAAAGACAAAGUAAAUUGUUCAUUUUAUUUUAAAAUCGGUGCUUGCCGUCACGGUGACAGGUGUUCACGAAUUCACAACAAACCUACUUUCAGUCAGACAUGUUUAUUGCAAAAUCUUUAUGUAAAUCCCCAAAAUUCUGCAAAAAGUGCAGAUGGUUCUCAUUUAGUGGCAAAUGUAUCAGAUGAAGAAAUGCAAGAACACUACGAUAAUUUUUUUGAAGAUGUGUUUGUGGAAUGUGAGGAUAAAUAUGGUGAGAUUGAAGAAAUGAAUGUUUGUGACAACCUCGGUGAUCACUUAGUUGGUAAUGUAUACAUCAAGUUUCGAAGAGAGGAAGAUGCUGAAAGAGCUGUUAAUGAUUUAAAUAAUCGAUGGUUUGGAGGAAGACCAGUUUAUGCUGAACUCUCUCCUGUAACCGACUUUAGAGAAGCUUGCUGUCGUCAGUAUGAAAUGGGUGAAUGCACACGUUCAGGAUUUUGUAAUUUUAUGCACUUAAAACCUAUUUCUCGAGAAUUGCGACGCUAUUUGUAUAGUCGUAAAAAAGGUGGUAAAGGUCGAUCUAGAUCUCGGUCAAGAUCACGUGGUCGUGAUCGAAAACGCAGAUCUCGAUCAAGGGACAGAAGAUCGAGAUCAAAGGAUCGUCGAAAGGGAAGAGAUGAUAAAGGUAGAGACGGCCGAUCUGGAAGAUACUAAUAACUUUGAAAACAAGAAUAUCUACAAUCAAGAAGCGUAAUGCGCUAUAAAAUAACUUGAAUUUUGAAAAAAGAAAAAAAUUAAACUCGUUUUUCUUUUUUUUAACAAUUGUAACUUUGUUACAUCAUGCAGUUACUUUCUAUAUAUGUUCUUACUUCAUAAAUGUAUUAUUUAAUAAAUUUGUAAGACAAUAGAAAAGAAUACAAUAAGAAAGUUGUAAAAUUCAAUGCAUAGUUAUUUUUUGAAGAUUAGGAAGAUCAGUAUUAUUUCUUAAGACAAAAACUGGCUACUACUAUUUAGGCGUUUUUGCCUAGAUUUUUGCACUAAUAUUGAGUCUAUGUAUCAAUAAAAAUACGUCUAUGUACACAUAGUUAAAAAUAUACCGUUUAAAUGAAA